AUGUAUGGCGAGUUGGUGUUGGGCCAAGCCAAAAGGAACGGCCGCCGGCCUCAAAUAAACCGUACACUGACAACCAAUGGCCAGACAGAGCGGUUUAUCCCUAAUGUAUUGGCCAACAGUAACGCCCCGGGCCUAACCUCGUGUCUCGUACAGCCGUCCAAUCAGUCGUCAAGGUUGCCACAGCUACCACUAAAAGGGCACAUGUACGUCCAAUGUUCCCUCCGCCAGCCUCCUGACGCACAUACCCUAGUCUCUGCUGGGCUGCCUCUGCCUGCGUCUUCGUCUCGAGAUUGCCAGGCCUCGAUUGCUCAGCCUCAUGUACACCCCACCUUGGUACACACCUGCUGCUCUACGCCAGCCCACCAGUCCGCCAACCCUGUCCCGGGUCGACUGUCGUUGUUCCAGUGCCUCAAUGCAGCAUCACUUUCUCUCCUGCUAUUCUACCAGACGGGAUAA